AUGACUGUCACCAGGGUACUGCACAUCGCGGCUCUGCUCCUGAUGCAAGGGGAUUUUCCAGGAGCUGGCAGUGAAACCAUAACUCUAAAGGAAGGAGAGGACCUAAUUCUCCGCUGCACCCUGAGCAGUGAUAUCAGUUCUCCCCUGCAGUGGUUAAACCCUCACGGGUUUAGCAUUUUUCUUAACACCCAGCGAGCUUUAAGAGAUCAGAGGUACAAACUUACCCAUUAUUCAAAGGAUGAAUUAUCCAUCCAACUGUCUAAUGUAACAGUGCACGAUGAAGGAGUAUAUAAAUGCUUCUACUAUGGUGUCCCGUUCAAAAGCAAGAACAAGACUGUUGAGGUAUUAGCUGCUCCUUCUAAUCCAAUACUGGAAGUAUCCCAAGACACAGAAAGAAGCAUUACACUGUCGUGCUAUACCCAAGGAUGUAAACCACAGGCCCAGAUUACCUGGCUGUUGGACAACGGGAUAGAGCUCCCUGGUGACACUAAGCACAAGUUAGAAGCUGAUGGGAAGAAAUGGACCACAACCAGCACGUUGACAGUCCUCGCCUAUAGGCCCAAUUCAACAGCCAGCUGCAUCAUUCGCCACCAAGCACUAAAAGAAAAGCUGAUGUCAUCUUUCCGGUUUGAGGACCUACCUAGGACAGUGACCACAGCAGUGCCAGAUCUGAGCAGCAGCACAGCCUCUGCUCCAAGCUACUCAAAUCAUGCUGGGUCCAAAGCAUCACCAGCUGCAGCAGGAAAGGAAGAAUUGGCUGGUUCAUCGAGUUACCAUGUUCCCAAUGGGACUCAAACAGCAUUCAAUGGCAAUGUCACAGAAGAAGAACUUUCCAGGACAGAAGCCCCACUACCAAGUGAAAAUGUAACUGUGAUUUCCAUCAUCACCUUUGAGCAAGAUGUGAAAUCUGAAGGCAUCAAAAAGAAAGUGAAUAAUCUCUUGCUGCCAGUCUUGGUGGCUGGUCUGAUUUUUGUGCUGCUCAUCAUUGUCCUGCUUUUUAUGAGGAAGCUGAAAAAAGCUCAUGGAGUGUGGAAGAGAGAAAAUGAUGUUUCAGAGCAGACACUGGAGAGUUAUAAAUCCAAAUCUAAUGAAGACAGUCCAGGCCAUGAGAAGAACGGACAUGUUGUCAGUCAGAAGUCCAACGUGCAAUAUCUUACAGAAGGAUAUGUGGAAACAACACAGAAAAAUCCAAGAGACAAAAACAGUGCAGUAAGGGAGAAAAUAUUUGGAUGUGGAAAGGAAACGGAUGUAUAG